CUGCCAAAAAUUGAGUUUUGCACAAAACAAUCCCAUCCAAUACCGGAUUCAAUUGUUAUACAAACGCAGAUCUGAAGAUCAGCUUCCAAUUUCAAGAAUGCCAUCCGACUACACCUUUGCCAAACCAGACGUCGCUCUGGACGAGGGCAUCUACGCCUUCCUGGAGGAGUUUUAUCGCAUCACCGACGACCCCGAGGGACAUGACCUCUACACCCAACAAUACACCCCGGACGGUACAGCGAUAAUGGCGACCUUCAAAUGCAAAGGGACUGAAGAGAUUCGCGACUUCCGACAGAGAAUGUGGGACAGGGUAAAGGCCCGCAAGCACAAGAUUCAUCGCGUCUUUGCGGCCGCGCCCGGGUCCCCCGAGAUCAUGUUGUACGGAGAGGUGAAGCAGACGCUCCGGAGCGGAGGCGACCUGGUCAAGGAGUGGGCUGCGCACGGCGUGCUGGAGAAGAGUGCCGAGGAUGGCAAGUGGAGAUGGGCGUUUUAUCAGGUUUAUCUGGAUAUGUCAAAUUGAACGGUCAUGGGCUGUGGCUAGCAGUAUCCCCGACGUGUCUGUUAAUCUAUUUCCAUCUGAGCCAGAGCAUCAGCUCGACAGCAUGGGCUUUUGGGUGAUCAGCGGGACUUUUGUGGGAGCAUAGUCUUGUCGUUAGGGAGUAGUCGCGCUGGGCUAGCCCAAGGGAGGCGGGAUCAUGUUCCAAAACUUAGCAGCCAUUACAGCAAGCACACAACGAGCUUUGGUG